GGCAGGGCGCGGAUGGACGGCGGCUAGGGUCCGGACUGCGGGGCGGAUGGAGUCGGAUGUGAGGCAGCGUAAGACCCCGCGGAACGGGGAGCAGGAGCAGGACCGAGGACCGGCCCCAUCGCGAGUGGUGCCCGGCGGAGCCAAGAGCGGCCGCCCGGGGCUCCUGCUGCUGGGACUCGGGCUCGGGCUCGUAACCGUGGGCGCCGUGGGAUGGAAAUAUUACACAGAUUUCCAGCGAGCGAAGCAAGAUAAUGCUCUGAAGACACUCGGCAAUGAAGGCUUGUUCUUGUUUUCUUCAUUUGACGUUAACAAUGACUUGUACCUCAGUCCAGAAGAAUUUAAGCCUUUAGCUGAAAAACUAACAGGAAGUAUCCAGGCCCCUGUUUAUGAUGAUGAAGCGGAGACAGACCCUGACGCAGAGACGUUGACGAUUGAAGCUGCUUUCCGGCCGCUGCUCCUGGAAUCUAUGACCAAGAGCAAAGACGGAUUUCUUGGAGUCUCUCGUGGCUCUCUAUCGGGACUGAGGAACUGGAAAACUCCGGAACUGUCCUCUAGUGUGUUCAGUACCAGCCUGUUUAAAGCCUUCCUCCCUCUCAAGGAUAAAAUGGAGCUGGGAGAGGCAUGGUGGAUAAUCCCCAGUGAGCUCAACAUCUUCACAGGAUACCUCUCGAACAAUAGGUUUUACCCUCCAACACCGCAAGGAAGAGAGGUCCUUAUUCAUAAACUGCUUGGCAUGUUCCACCCUCGGCCCUUUGUGAAGACGCGAUUCGCUCCUCAGGGAGCAGUGGCCUGUAUCCGAGCCGUCAGCGACUUCUACUAUGACAUCGUGUUCCGGAUCCAUGGAGAGUUUCAGCUGAACGAGCCUCCGGAUUUCCCCUUCUGGUUCACGCCAGGACAGUUCACUGGGCACGUCACCCUCUCGAAAGAUGCCUCGCAUGUCCGAGACUUCUGGAUGUACGUUCCCAAUGGCAGGUCUCUGAAUGUGGACAUGGAGUGGCUGUACGGGACGGGCGACAGCGGAAACAUGGAGGUGGAUAUAGGUUACCUGCCGCAGAUGGAACUCAAAGCCGCAGGCCCCUCCUUUCCGAGUGCUAUUCACGAUGAGAAUGGAAAUGUAAUCGACACCGCCGACCCGUCGGGGGAGCCCAUUCAGUUUGUUUUUGAGGAGAUUCACUGGCAGUCUGAAAUCAGCUUUGAAGAGGCUGCCAAGAAGCUGGAGACAACUUUGUAUCCCUUUAAAAAGGUUUCCUACCUUCCUUUCACCGAAGCCUUUGAGCGCGCCAAGGCAGAAGACAAGUUGGUGCAUUCCAUAUUACUGUGGGGGGCACUCGACGACCAGUCCUGCUGAGGUUCGGGGCGGACUCUGCGAGAGACAGUUCUCGAGAGUUCGCCCGUUCUCUCGCUGCUGAAUGAAAGUUUUGUCAGCAGCUGGUCCCUGGUCAAGGAGCUGGAGGAUCUCCAGAGCAAGCAGGAGAAUGAAGAACAUGCCCGGUUAGCGAGCCUGCAUUUGGAACACUAUAACUUCCCUGUCGAGAUGCUCAUCGCUUUACCAAACGGUGUGGUGGUUCACCACAUCAAUGCAAACUAUUUCCUUGAUGUCACUUCUAUGAAGCAGGAUGAGAUGGACAAGGGCCUCUUCAUCUCUUCACGGUUCGAGGACCCUUCCACGGCAGCUUAUGUACAAUUUCUGAAGGAAGGACUGGAAAAGGCCAAGCAGUUUGUACCGUCCUAACUAUGAGGAACACGUCAGGAAUGUGGUUCAGACUGACCGCACUGCUGCUUCCCUACAGGCCUUGAUGCACGGUCUUCACCAAUAAUUCACCCAGGAAACCAGGCCACGUGGGCUUCAGCCACUGAGAAAACGGACAACGUUUUUGUUGCUGAAAUGUCUGUGUGCAUGAGUGAGCAGAGGCAUGGUAUGUGUUGGAACAUCCCCCUGCUGCAUCAGGUGUUGAAUCCAUCAGUUGUCUAUGGAAAUGUUGGUGGAAACUAGGAGGACUGAGAAACCAAAUGAUUUUUAGAUGCUGAAUGUAAAACUCUCCCUGUCCCAUUAUUAGUCAUCAAAAAAGAUGAGAAUAUCCUAUUUCAACACUUUUAGGGUUACUUCAGGAACAUUAUUUCCAUCUUGUUUUCUGCUUAAAAUUAAGUGAACACUGGUAGGCCCCAGAGCUUAUUGAGACAUGACUCCGAGUUUCAAACUUGCAAUACAGUAACCUUAAGUGUCUCAUUCCUUGCUUUCACAUCCUGCAGCGCUGGUGAUGUCCAGUUGCUGAAGCAGUUCCAGGGGGAGGAACUCAUACCCCCUUCCCAUUCCCUCCUGUGAAACAUACUUCCAUAUCCCUAGGAUCUCAAGGUUAGCUGGAUCUUUGACCAAUCAAGCUUGAAUCUUCCCCUCCCUGUCAUCCCCAUAAGUCAUAAAUAUGAUUGGUGGUGCGGCUGAAUUUCUGGUCUCGUUAUCUUGUCUCAUUUCCUGUUUGAAGAGAUCGUGCUCUUCCAUAUGCAAAGAUUUAACCCAGUAUGUAGUACCUUCUAGCUUUUCAGCAAGAGGGGAGGGCAAGACAGAGAGAGGACUAAACACAUGGUGUCAAAUGAUCAAUUUCCUUAAAAGAGACUUUCUAACCAAAGACCACUUUUUUUAAAAAAGCUAAGAUUCAGAUAAGUAUGAAUUGACGCAGAAGCAGAAUAUAGGCUUGGCUGUGAAUUAUUCAAAUGCCUUCAUUCUGAACAGAGAACAGUACAGCACUGAAACAGACCCCUUGGCCCUCUCUGUUGUACCGAACCAGCUAAAAAGGAAAUGAAGAGACACCCAAAACUAAUCCCUCCAGCCUACACACAUCCAUCUGCCUAUCCAAAUGUCUCUCAAAAGCCUCUAAUACCAUACCAGGUAUCUACCACUCAGUAAAAAAAAACUUACCCUCACAUCCCCCUUGAACCUACCUCCUCUCACCUUCAAUGCAUGCCCUCUGGUGUUACCCUGGGAAAAAGAUACUCCCCGUUUACUCUACCUGAGCCUCUCAUAACUUUAUAAACCUCUAUCAGAUCUCCCGUCAGCCUCUGCUGUUCCAGAGAAAACAUCUUAAGUUUAUCUAGCCUCAUGUGAUAGCACAUGCCCUCUAAACCAGGCAGCAUCCUGGUAAACCUCUUAUGCACCCUGUCCAAAGCCUCAACAUCCUUCCUUUAGUGGGGCAAUCAGAAAUGUAUGCGAUACUCCAGAUGUGGCGUAACCAGAGUUUUAUAAAGUUGCAACAUAACCUCUUGCCUCAAUGCCUCAACUAGUAAAAGCAAGCAUUCCACCAGCUGUCUUAACCACAUUAUUGACCUGUAUAGCCACUUUCAAGGAGCUAUGAACUUGGACCCCAAGAUCGCUGCUCAGCAACAUCUCUUCUGUUUGAUGAUGUUUGAAAAAGAAGUCAAAAGUUUAAUAACACAAAAUUCAUUAAGCCCAUCAUUAUCAGGCUUGCUGAAAAUAACUUAUUUCUUUUACAAUGGUCAAAUUUUUAUUAACGUUUUAAAAAAUCCUUAUUAAAAAUCAGUAUUCCUUGUAGGGCAUCCCAUGUUUGAAUAUCCCUUUGUUUAAAUGCUUUGUUUAAACAAAGUCUCCCUGUUGGUGGUGAGUUUUUUUAUGGCCUGAAAUUAAAUGUCUGUCAGAUCUGUUCACUUCUCUCUUUAUAAUAACUUUACAUCUCUAUUCAACUUUAUUCCAGUUUUAAAAUCUGCCAGUCAGGCCUGGAAUGAUGUGUGCUAGUCUGUUUUUGAACGAAACUGAAUGAUUAGAAUUGAGGACGUUGGAAAGUCUCAACUUAAGGUUUAUUUGACAGGUGGGGAUGGGAUAUGGGAGGUUAGUCCCUUUAAAAAGGCCCUUCAACUUCAAGGUAGGAGACAAAAUAACCCUUCCCUGAUAUAACAUGGAACAAACUCCACUGAAUUGUAACUUAAUUCUUAUGAACAGGAGAGUAUAUUUAAAAUUCUGCACACUUCUCCAAUUUAAUUCAAUUAUGUAGAAAAUAAACAGUGCAUUAACUAAGAAGCCUAGUUCAACCAAACCCAUCUCCAAUAAAUCAAAAAUUACAAAGGAACACACUCAGAAUGCUGGAGGAACUUAGGUGAGGCAGCACCUAUAGAAAAGAUUUGUUUUGAGCAGAAACCCUUUUUCAGGACUGAGGGGGAUGGGAGGAGAUACCUGAAUAAAAGGGUGAGGGGAGGUUAAGCCAGUUGGGUGGGAGAAGUCAAGUGCUGGAGAAGAUAGAAUGAUUGGAAAGGAGAGCAGACCAUAGGAAAAAGGGAAGGGGGUGAGAUGUAAAAGAUCAGAGCAGGGGGGGAAUAAAGGAAGGGUGGUUUCUUCACGGAAAGGGUGAUGAAGAAAAUUAUGAAGAGUUUUGAGUAAAUGAAGCCAACUUUUAGAAUCUGUAACCAGAAGACCCCGUUUCUAUGAAAUAUGGGAGAAAAGACAGGAGAUGAGCAAAGCCUAUUUGGAACAGAUGUUUGAAAAAGGCAAAGUUUAUUGGAACCUUUGGUUCUUUUAGCCUAGCUUCAGAAUGAUAAGUAAACUGGAGGAACUUUCUACCAUUCUAGUAAUGGAGUCAUUAUCCAGUGACAUCAGACCGGAAGCUGGGGAUAGGAGAACAAGAGUUGAAGUGCUUUGGGAACAGGUGAUCCAAAGUCCUCAAGUUUUCCCUGAGCCAUUUCAUAUCUGUCCCAAAAUGACAGAAAUCUUAAUUGAUUUAAGUAAAUCUAUACUAAGUGCUUUCACCACUGCCCGAAAGACUGCUGUGACCACAUUAAUACUUGUCUGUUAACAAGGGAGCCUGGCUCACGUUCCUGGAUGUUUAGAGUCAUAGAAAAGUACAGCACCAAAACAGGUCAUCUCGUCCGUGCUGAACCAUAUAAACUGCCCACUCCCAUCGACCUACACUGGGAGCACAGCACUCCACACCCCUUCCAUCCAUACACCUCUCCAAACUCCUCUUAAAUGUUGAAAUUGAGCUCACAGCUCAUUCCACUUUCACAGCCCUCGGAGUGAAGCUCCCCCUCAUGUUCUUAUUAAAGUUGUCACCUUUCACCUUUAAUCCAUGACCUCUGGUUGUCGUCCCACCCAACUUCAGUGGAAAAAGCCUGCUUGCAUUUGCCCUGUCUAUACCCCUCAUCAUUUUGUAUACCUCUAUCAAAUCUCUCAAUCUUCAACUCAGGGCAGAAAUCCAUUCAUCUGUCCUAAUCCAUCAGCAUAUACUAAAUGGGAUUUUAUCCACGGGAUAGGGUCUUCAAUGACGUGAACAUCAACUAGUUUUAUAAAAUCCAGGUACACUGCCAGUGUGGGUAUAUGAAAGGCAAAGGCAUACCACUAUCCGACUUGCACAAGUGCGAAAGAGCAGCCAGGUCUACUUGCAACCUGAACAGACAUUUGAAUAAGGUAAAUGGAACUGUGCCUCAAGGCUUUCUAUAGGCAGACUCAUGUAAUUUAAAGGCUGUUCCCUGGCCAACCAUUACUGUUCCUAUGCAAAGAUGGCUUCUCUUUUAAAACUAUUUUAUCAAAUCUACAAAAUACUUAUAGUCCGAGGUAGAUAGGUUUGACGUUUUAAAAUUUGACCUCAUUUUAUACAUUUACAGAUCCAGUAUUAUUUUGUACACUGGGGAUAAGGGUAUCAGAAGUGGCUGUGGGGAGAAUCCAGAUCUGGUCAUCUAGAAGCCA